AUGAAAAAGAAAAUUUUGGAACAAAAGAGUGUAAAUAUACUUAAGAAAAAAACAUCUGAGACAUCAACUAAAUACAUUUUUGAAUCUUAUGAUUGUACUAAAAAAUUUCCAACAAAAGUCAUUCUUGUCAAACAUAUUUCAUACAUUCAUAAGACGCAAAAGAACUCAGACACCACUGCAGUUUGGACACAAGUAGAUCAAACUCCAGUACCACAACAAAUAGAAAAAUUUAAUUGUGAUAUUUGCGAAUUUAAAACAUCUCAAAAACGUUGCAUUUUGUCACAUCUUAAAGCGCACGUCGCUAAACAAAUUUACUGUUGUAAUAAUUGUGAAUAUAAAUGUUUUAGAAAAAGUGAUUUGCAAACCCAUAUGAAAAUAUACACCGGUGAAAACCCUUUUUCGUGUAAUAUCUGUGAAUAUAGAUGUAUUUUAAAAAGUACUUUGCGAACACAUAUGAAAACACACACCGGUGAAAAACCUUUUUCGUGUAAUAUCUGUGAAUAUAGAUGUAUUAGAAAAAGUGAUUUGCCAUCCCAUAUGAAAAUACACACCGGUGAAAAACCUUUUUCGUGUAAUAUCUGUGAAUAUAGAUGUAUUAGAAAAAGUACUUUGCGAACACAUAUGAAAAUACACACUGGUGAAAAACCUUUUUCGUGUAAUAUCUGUGAAUAUAGAUGUAUUACAAAAAGUACUUUGCGAACACAUACGAAAAUACACACCAGUGAAAAACCUUUUUCUUGUAAUAUCUGUGAAUAUAGAUGUAUUAGAAAAAGUAAGUUGCAAACACAUAUGAAAAUACAUACCGGUGAAAAACCUUUUUCGUGUAAUAUCUGUGAAUAUAGAUGUAUUAGAAAAAGUGAUUUGCAAAUACAUACGAAAACACACACCGGUGAAAAACCUUUUUUGUGUAAUAUCUGUGAAUAUAGAUGUAUUACAAAAAGUAGUUUGCGAACACAUAUGAAAAUACACACCGGUGAAAAACCUUUUUCGUGUAAUAUCUGUGAAUAUAGAUGUAUUACAAAAAGUAGUUUGCAAAAACAUAUGAAAAUACAUACUGGAGAAAAACCUUUUUCGUGUAAUAUCUGUGAAUAUAGAUGUAUUACGAAAAGUAGUUUGCAAAAACAUAUGAAAAUACAUACUGGAGAAAAACCUUUUUCGUGUAAUAUCUGUGAAUAUAGAUGUAUUACAAAAAGUAGUUUGCAAAAACAUAUGAAAAUACAUACUGGAGAAAAACCUUUUUCGUGUAAUAUCUGUGAAUAUAGAUCUAUUACAAAAAUUAGUUUGCAAAAACAUAUGAAAAUACAUACUGGAGAAAAAACUUUUUCGUGUAAUGUCUGUGAAUAUAGAUGUAUUACAAAAAGUAGUUUGCAAAAACACAUGAAAAUACACACCGGUGAAAAACCUUUAUCGUGUAAUAUCUGUGAAUAUAGAUGUAUUACCAAAAGUAGUUUGCAAAAACAUAUAAAAAUACAUACCGGUGAAAAACCUUUUUCGUGUAAUAUCUGUAAACAUAGAUUUAUUAGAAAAUAUGAUUUGCAAAGACAUUUAAAAACACACACUGGCGCAAAUUCUUUUUCGUGA